AUGUUCGCGACGGGCGCUAAAAGUGUUGGCCGCGCGGAUCUCCACUCUCCUGCAUCGUCGCCUCGAUCGAGUCCUGAUCCUGAUGUGACUGAAUUUCUCCGAUCCCGCGCUCAGAGCGAAUUCAUAUUCACAAACCGAGAGAAUGACUCCGGAGAAGCUCGCGAUGACGCCGCUGAAAGCGAUGAAGAAGCCGAACUCGUGCUCUUUGCGGGGCCGUCGAAGGCUGGCGAUUCGCACAAAAUCCGUCUGACGUCGCCAGAAGCGUCUGGGGAGCCUGGUAUGCGAGUGCAGAAGCCAAGAAGCUACUACUUUGCGGAUGAGAUCACAAGUGAGAGGGAGAAGGAAUAUGUCGCAGCUGCAGUGACCGGGGCGGACGUGUUGGACAUAGCCAAGAUACCGUGGCCUGGCUGUGCGGUACCUUGGAAGGUGCGCACGAUCACGUCUUCCGGGCUGAAGCAGAUUGUCCUCGUUGGUCAUCCUUCUGUCCCAUUUGAGGUCGACGAACAAACCAAGAAGAGGACGCGCAAGGGCAAGAAGAGCAGGAUUGCUUUGCGCAAGAAGAUGCAAGCCACCAACGACAAACAAGCCGAGCAAGCGCGACUUGCCAAAGAAAAAGAGGAGGCCGAACGUGAGAAGCGCACGAGACGGAAUCGCGAGAAAAAGGUCAAGCGGAAAGCGCGAGAACAGGCAAAGAAGGAAGCAGCAGCUGGCCCGGGAGAUCCCACGCCUGCAUCUCCCGGAUCUGAGACUUGA